GACGCGUCUCGCGGUGCUUCAUCACACCUCUCCAUACUACGAUUCAGACCGAUCACGUUAUGGUUCACAAUGCAUUGAAAGCACGUCGUCGCAGCGACUACAAGUUUCAGCUCGAGUACCGGACGCGAUGGAGCGACAAUGACAUGUACCAUCACCUCAACAACAGCGUAUAUUAUUACUUUUUCGACUCAGUCGUGAACACAUACCUAAUCAAGCAUUGCUAUCUUCACCCGCCCACCUCUUCUCAAAUCGGUCUUGUAGUGCACUCCCACUGUGACUACUUCGCCCCCACCGAGUUUCCAGCCAUCGUAGACCUCGCAUUGCGGGUCAACAAGCUGGGUAGGAGCUCCGUGACCUAUGAGAUAGGCGUCUUCGAGCGCGGCCAGGAGGAAGUGAAGGCUGUUGGGGAGUUCGUCCAUGUCUUCGUUGACCGCGAGAGCAGGAAGCCGGGGAAGGCAGGCAUGGCUGACGAGUUGAAAGAUGGCUUGCAGAAGAUACAGAUAGACAAGGCGAAGCUGUAGCAAAGGAAAGACUGCGACUUGUCGACGAUUCCUAUCGUGCUCCCCGUCAGAGCAGUGCCGCCGCUCAUCAGCAUCGAAGAGAAAUCCGUCUUGCAUGAGGCGCUCAGCCUUGUCGAAAGAAGGCCUUGCCUACCGAAUACGAGGUCCACUACUAAGCUACUCUUAACUAAGUACUUUUCUUUGUUCGUCCUCCUGUAUCGUGGGCCUCAACGAGCCGUGGCUACCUGUUGGUACCAACACUCGAACACCAAGCAACGAGCUAUCUUUGAAUAACGGCGACCUUGAACAUUCUUUGCGAACGCUCGUUCACUUCAAAUCUUUCCUGCUACAUGUGAAUAUGCAGGUUGCUCUAUAGUUUCGCUAGCAAACUCCGACUGCAGACCGGAUGUAUGCAGACGAAUGCGAAGAGGGAGUUGAAGAGUAUGCCUAU